ACUGCCAGCGCGUUUACGCAUAGCGAUCUGAGGUCGGAUUUGGGAUUUCUGCGCGUUUGAGGAGCUCCGUCGGAGUGUGUAUUGUUCGAGCGGAGGGAAAAGGGCUGAGGACACGUUAGGGGAUGGGGAUUGAUUUGUUCCACCUUACUAGGAAGUGAGUGCUGUGUCCGGGAAGGGGAGGGACUCCCGACGACAAGUCUGAGGCGCCGCUGUGCUACUUACAACUGCGCCGCUGCAGUGUUUUAAUUAUAAAAAAAAACCCGGUGCGUGGUUUUUAUGUUGUUGGUGUUUUUUUUAGAGUCGUGCUCAAAAGCAUCGCGGCAUUUAUUGCGGCUCAAACGCGCGUUUGACCCGGCUCUUCCCGCUCCGGCCUGCACCGCGGCGUGCGCGCGCGCGCGGAGGGAAAGCCUCUAGCGCAGGCUAAUGGCAGUCGAGCUCAUUGCCGCCACUAUCCCACGUUUAGCAGCCCGCGAACUUUGCCACAUUUCGGAGCCAUGUCCAGCCUCCUGUCGGCGAGAAGCGGCGCGAGGACGAUUUCGAGCGUCGGCGGCGCACUUUGUGGAGUUCGUGGCGGCGUCGCGCGACGCUUCAUCGUAGACAUGUCCUACUCGGCGCACUUCAUGGAUUUUAAAGGGUCCUCCAUAGCGAGCAGCAUGAAAAAGCUCGUGGUAAAUAAGCUUAGUCCGAAUUUCAGAGAGGCGGUGUCGGUGCAGACCGUUGCGGUUCCGACACCUGGAGACGCGGACUUGCUCGUGAGAAACCGUUUUGUGGGAAUCAACGCCUCUGAUAUUAAUUACUCAGCAGGCCGGUACGACCCUUCGGUGAAGCCCCCCUUUGACGCGGGUUUCGAGGGUGUCGGAGAGGUGGUCGGCCUCGGCCUCAGCGCCAGCUCCCGGUACACCGUGGGGGACGCCGUGGCCUACUUCGGGAGCGGGGCGUUUGCCGAGUACACCGUGGUGCCGGCCAAGGAGAGCGUGCCCGUCCCCGCUGCCCGGCCCGAGUUCCUCGCCCUGCUGCUCAGCGGCGCCACCGCCCACAUCGCCCUGAAGCGGCUGGGCGACCUGGCCGAGGGCGAGACGGUCCUGGUGACGGCCGCCGCGGGCGGAACCGGCCAGUUCGCCGUGCAGCUCGCCAAGCGGGCCGGCUGCCACGUGGUCGGGACCUGCUCGUCCGACGAGAAGGCCGGGUUCCUCAAGUCCCUCGGCUGCGACAGGCCCAUUAACUACCGCGCGGAGGACCUGGCCAAGACGCUGAGGAGGGAGUACCCGCGAGGCUUAGACGUGGUGUACGAGUCGGUGGGGGGCGGUGUCUUCGAGCUGGCGCUCAACAGCUUGGCCGAUAAGGGCCGCCUGAUCGUGAUUGGCUUCAUCUCCGGGUACCAGACCGCUUCAGGGAUCCCACCCCUCAGAGCUGCAACCCUGCCGGUCAAGCUGCUCCAGAGGUCAGCCAGCAUCCGGGGUUUCUUCCUGCCCCAUUUUCUCAGCGACUACAAGGAGGCCGUGGGCAGCAUGAUGCAAAUGUUCGCUGAGGGGAAGCUGGUGUGUGAGGUGGAUUGUGGGGAUCUGGCCCAGGAGGGAAGGUUUGUAGGCUUGGAGUCAAUCUUCCGGGCUGUGGACUACAUGUAUGCUGGAAAGAACCUGGGCAAGGUGGUGGUGGAGGUGGCACCGCCAUCUGUUAGCAACAGCAAACUGUGAUGGGACUGACUGUCGAUGUGUCACAGGAAAAUCAGAGGAGCACUUUAAUCAUUCAUAACUGUGAUGAGCUGUGAUUCUUUAGUUUUGUAACCAUAAUAAAGCCAAUAACCAUUUGGUGCCUUUGGAAACUAAAGACAAAUGCAAUGAUUUAAAUUAAAUAACAAAAACACUCUUGGUUAACGGUGAUGUUGCACAAAUGUUGAUAUUAAAACAGAGACUUGA